AUUUAGAUUACUAAGCUAUGGUUGUUUAAAUAAUGAUAAAGCAUUUACCACAUUAGAAUAUAAAUUUUAUUUUUUUCUCUAAAGUUCACAAGUGUUCCAGUACUUUGAAAUCAUCAAAAUGAAAUUCUUCGCUGUAUUCGCCGCCAUCUUGGCUUUGGGAGCCUCCACCACCAUGUCAUCAACAUGGACCCUCCAGGAGCUGGACGCUGCUCUCUCCAACCCUCACACAAACCCCGCCCUCGUCCCAUACUUGGAACACGCUCUCAACGAAUACAUGCACGCACUCUGGGCUGGUCAGCAAAUCGAAAGCAUUUUGGUCCCUCUUCCCGCUGAGAUCCUCAUGCCAGUCGCACCAGAGGUCGUUGGCCCCGCUGAGGUCCUCCUGCCAAUCGCACCAGAAGUCGCUGCUCCCGCUCCUCCGGUCUUCACCAGCCCUCUGGUGCAGGUCAUCGUCAAUGUCAACAAGAAGACUCAACAGGUUACCGAUGUGCCCGCACAAAUCAUUGUUCCUUCACCAGUUGCGGUAGUGCCCAGCCCCGAGCUCGACGUAGAAACUGGUGCCCUGGAGCCCGAGACCCCAGUACUCCCCGUCGACAGCUUCAACCCCAUCGACCAUAUUGCCAUCAACCCCGAACCCAUCAACGUUAACAUCAUUGACCCCAGCCCCGCUGUUGAUAUCGGACCUAUGCGUGAAAUCAUUAAAAUGAAAUUCUUCGCUGUAUUCGCCGCCAUCUUGGCUCUGGGAGCCGCCACCACCAUGACAACCACCUGGACUAUCCAGGAGCUGGAGGCUGCCCUCGCCAACCCUAACACAGACCCCGCCCUCAUCCCAUACUUGGAACACGCUGUCUACGAGUACCUGCACGCUUUCUGGAAUGGCCAUCCAAUUGAUAGCAUCGUUGUCCCUCUCCCUGCUGAGGUCCUCCUGCCAAUCGCACCAGAGGUCGUUGGCCCCGCUGAGGUUCUCCUGCCAAUCGCACCUGCCCCCGCCUCUCCGGUCUUCUCCAGCCCCCUGGUGCAGGUCAUCGUCAACGUUAACAAGAAGACUCAACAGGUUACCGAUGUGCCCGCACAAAUCAUUGUUCCUUCACCAGUUGCGGUAGUGCCCAGCCCCGAGCUCGAGGUAGAAACUGGUGCUCUGGAGCCCGAGACCCCAGUACUCCCCGUCGACAGCUUCAACCCCAUCGACACCAUUGCCAUCAACCCCGAACCCAUCAACGUUAACAUCAUUGACCCGAGCCCCGCUGUGGAUAUCGGACCUAUGUAAAUAGUUUAACAACUCAAAUGAAUUAAAAAAUAAAUUCAAUUAAAAUAUAAAACUCAAUAAAUAAAUACAUAGUUUAUUUUCAUAAAA